UAUUAAUUUUUUAUGAAAAAGCUGUGACAGCACAAAUCAAUAUAAUUUCAUAUUUUAAUUGGGAAAAACAAAAUUCAUCAAAUGUAAUAUUUUAUUUUUAUUUUUAUAAAUUAUGUAGGUUGGAACGUGUUAAAUCCUGUCUUAGGAUUUCUACUUUUGACCGAUAGAAGCGCUAUCUAACCUUCGGAGAUCUGUCAUAAAAUUAUUAAUAAUGUCAAUAUUAUUAUAUUACUAACAAUCGCUAAUCAUUAAUCAUAAUCAAUCCGACUAAUCCAUAUUAUAAAUAAAAAUUAUUACUUAUAAGUGUGUGUAUAAUAUUUAUCAGUUUAUAUAAAAUAGUUUGUAAAUUUACAGGAAUCUAAACCAAUAAAUUGUUAAGUAAUAAUUAAUAGUUAAUAUUAAUUAAAUACAUAUUAAUUAAGACACGCCUAAAUUAACUAAAAACUGAAAAAUUCUGUUCUGAAGUUACAUACUAUAAAUUCAAUUUUUCUCCAAGAGAAUAUACAGCAUUGCAUUACAAAGAUGACUUUACCUUCACUGUCUAAAGUGGCAGGAUCCCACGCAGUAGUUUAUGAAAGCCUCUAUUCAUUGGUUGAUCCUGAAAACUGUGGGCAAAUAAGAGCUAUAGAAGCUGCUAAGUUUUUGAAAAAAUCGAAUUUGAGUGAUAUUAUACUUAGUAAAAUAUGGGAUCUUUCUGACCCUGGAUCUCGUGGUUAUUUAGAUAAGUCUGGAGUAUUUGUUGCUUUGAAGUUAUGUGCUUUAGCGCAGCAAGGAUACAGUUUAUCGAUGUCUAAUAUUUUCAUGGAUGUUUCUCCACCAAAUAUGGGUGAAGAUCUAGAUGUAAUUAAAUCUAAGGCUGGAAAGAUGAUAUCUAUAAGAUCGGAAAGUAAAACUUGUUGGGCUAUCAAUCCUCUUGAACGUGCGAAAUAUAAGCAACUGUUUAUGAGUUUAGAACCAAUUAAUGGAUAUAUUCCAGGUAAUAAAGUAAAAGGUGUACUGAUGGAUAGUAAGUUGCCUCUUGAAACUUUAGGAAAAAUUUGGGAUUUAGCUGACAUUGAUAAAGACGGAAAAUUGAAUGAACAUGAAUUUACAGUUGCGAUGCAUUUAGUUUAUAAGGCUCUUGAGAAAAAUACUGUCCCUAACAUAUUACCAAUGGAGUUGCAAGAUAUUAGUGGUUACAGUUCUACUAAUACUGAUAUAAUGUUGAAAACGGUUAAUGCUGAAUUUACAAACUCAUCUAACGAUGCUGUCGGAUCAACAAAGGAAGAAAUAAAUAAGUGGGUAGUAUCUGAAGAUGAUCAGAAGGCUGCAGAGAAAUUGUUUAUACAAGCUGAUGUAGAUUGUGAUGGUUUUGUAUCUGGAUUGGAAAUAAAAGACAUUUUUUUUCAAAGUGGACUGUCUCAAUCGGCACUGGCCCAAAUUUGGAGUUUGUGCGAUAUAUUUCAACACGGGAAACUAAAUAAAGAACAAUUCUUUCUAGCUAUGUGGCUUAUUAAACAAAAAUUGAAUAAGAAAGAAAUACCUGCUAGAUUAUCAUCAGACAUGAUACCACCUUCCUUAAGGAAAAUAACUACGUCUGAGCAUGAAUUGGAAAACAAUAACAUUUGUAACUAUUCAAAUACAAACCCAGAGUGUGAAAUAAUUGGUCAAGAAAUAAGUAGCAUUAUGCGUGAAAAGCAAUGUAUCGAAAAAGACCUUUCUCAAAAAGAUGCUGAUAUAAAAAUCAAAAUUGGUGAAAUAAAGAGCCUUCAAAGUGAACUCGAUACUCUAGCUGCUACAUUGAGACAGCUUGAUAAUCAGAAAGGUGAAGCACAAAAGCGGCUAAAUGAUCUUAAGAUACAGAUUGAAAAGCUUCAUCAACAAGCAACAGAUCAAGAAUCUACACUUCGCAUUCAAGAAGAUGAAAUAAAUAGUAAGCGUCAAGAAUUAGAAAGUUUAAAAUCAACAGAGCAAUCAUUAGAUUCUCAGCAGUUAGUUUAUAAAAAUCAAUUGAUUAUAUUAUCGAAAAAACUACAAGCUACUCAAUUGAAAAGCAGUCAAAUUAAAGCUUUAAUUACUCAAUUACAAGAACAACAAAGACAAAUAAUUGAUGCGAUUUCUCAAUACGAUUCUGCAUUUAGCAUUGGAGAUUCUUCCGUUAUCUCAGAAUCUACUUUGUUCUUGAGAAUUAAUUUGGAGGAAUAUACGCACGAUAUAAAUGAUGAUUCAAAAGAUGAUAAUGAUACAAUCAAUAAUAACGGCAACAAUUAUCUUCAUAAUGAUGGUACAAACGAUGAAAAUAGAAGAGCAGAAAUCCCAGAUCCGUUUGGUACAGCAUUCUCUCCAGCAGUACAAUCGGUAUAUGACCCAUUUGGAGAAGAUCCGUUUGCUGCGCUGCAUGCUCCAGUACGAUCCGGAAGUCCUAGUCCAGCUCUUCCUCCUAAGAAAACAAAACAGCCACCACCUAGACCGGCACCUCCACGUUCAAGUCAAGGCUCACACGUUUCAAUACUUGGUUGUUUGAAAUCUACAUCUGUAAAGAAUGAAUCAGAUCCAUUUACGUUAGAAUUUGCAGAUUUUGACAAUUUUCAAUCGAAAAUCUAGUAAAUCGAUUAGCAUAAAUAAUGAUUUCACAUGGUAAGUUGGAAGUUUUACAUAUAUGGCACGUGCAAUCCAUAUAAAAGUAUUUCUCUUGAUGGAAAUAAUUAGAGUUCAUAGAGUAUUGUUUUUCCAAUAUUUACUGUAUUUAUUAAUUUCAUUUCUUACCACAUUAUACAGUAGAACGUACUGCGAUAAAAAAUAAAUAAA